AUGCAAGACCCCACUUCCGCCGCCGUUGAAACUGACCACCACCAACCUCCGCCGCCGUCACCAUACAAACGCAACACCAAAACAAAGCGACCCGUUUUCAAAGUCCUCCCAGGUCAGAUCGCGUUUCGUUUGGUGUGCCACUCGUCAACGGUCGGCGGAUUGAUCGGAAGUUCAGGGUCAAUCGUCUCGCAGCUCCGGCGAGAAACUGGUUGUAAAAUCCACUGUGAGGAUGCUGUUGACGGUACUGAUGAUAGGGUUAUUUUGGUAAUUGGGUCGUUGUUGCCGAGGAAGGGUUUUGCAGUGGGUGAUGGGGAACUUCAGGUUUCUAAUGCACAAGAAGCUGUGGUUAGGGUUUUUGAGAGGAUUUGGGAGCUUGAAACUGAGAAAGGGGUUGGUGCUGUUGUUGGAAAAGGAGGGAAGAAUAUAAGCACUAUUAGGAAUAAUACUGGUACUAAAAUUAGGGUUUGUCCUGCUCCACAUUCUGCUGCUAAAGAUGAGGAGUUAGUUCUUAUAACUGGUGAACGUUUGGCUGUGAAGAAAGGACUGAUUUCAGUAUCUCAUUGUCUUCAAGAUUGUCCACCGAUGAGCAAAGUAUCUCUAAACACACCGACUGUUAGCUAUUUGGAUAGGCCGAUUUGUAACCCACAUGAGGAUCUUUUUCCUCAUGUUAAUUCAUGGUUACCUUCCAUGGAAGGCUUAUCUAUAAACGAUACUUCGAAACAGAUGAUAAACUCUAACGGUAACUUUAGCCUCGACUCGAAGGGCACUACUGGACAUGAAGUUGUUUUCAGACUCCUUUGCUCUAACAAUGUAGCUGGUAGUGUGAUUGGGAAAAAAGGGUCUAUAGUCAGAACUUUCGAAUGCCAAACUGGUGCUUCUAUUGUCUUUGCACCUCCUUUAAAUCAGUUUGAAGAUCGCGUCAUCACCAUUUCUGCUUUUGAGAACCUUGAAUCUAGUAAUUCUCCUGCACAAGAUGCUGUUAUUCUUGUCUUUGCUAGAAUUGUUGAAGAUCACAUUCGAAAUGGAUUUCACCUAGCCUCUAGUGCGGAAUCACCUGUAACUGCAAGGCUUUUAGUUGCACCGAGCAUAGUGAAUUUCUUGACUGGUAAUGAAGGUCAAGUGAUUUCAGAAUUGAGAGAAGUCAGCGGGGCUGGCAUUCAAAUACUGCAUGGAGUGCCAGUUCCAAACGGUGCUUCAGAUAAUGAUGUGGUUGUCCAGAUCACUGGUGGAUACAAAUGUGUAGAAAAUGCUUUACGUAAUUUCACUUCUAGAAUUAGGGGUAAUUCCUUGCCCAAUGAGGUGCUUGCUGAAGCAAGAAUGAAAUCAAGUUUCCAAGUAAAUAAGGAUAUUGUUAGGAGCAAGUUCAUUUCCCGCAGAAAAUCUGCUUUUCCUUUUGGGAGGUUUCCACCACAGAAUGCAGGGAUGCAUGCCAAAACUACCACAGAAAAUGGGGAUAAUUUGAAUCGUGACAGAGGAAACAUGCUUGCCACUGUGACAAACACUACCGUGGAGAUUAUAGUCUCAGAACAUGUCUUUGCUUCUGUUUAUGGAGAAGAUGGCGGGAAUUUAGAUCAAAUCAGACAGAUUUCAGGUGCGAAUGUAACUGUAUAUGAUCCUAGCGUUGGUACAAGCGGAGGGAAGGUUGUGAUAUCUGGAACACCCGAUCAAACGUUUGCAGCUCAGAGUUUGCUUCAAGCUUUCAUUCAAACUGCACAAGUAAGCUGA